GUUAAAGUGAAAGAGAGAUGGAGGAUGGGGCCAUGGCCGCCAUCCGAGCUGGUUCCAAGCCAAAGCUUCAAUUCUUUGUCUCCCCUUCAUGCUUGAGUCCAAAUCUCUUGGCAGAUGAGGCAGCGUCGGCGGCUCCAGUUCCCAUGCCUCAGAGAUUCCUCUCGCUCAGAUUCACUACCUUUUAUAAGGAAAUUCUCGGCCAAGGAAGUAAGAAAAGCUACAGAUGAGUUCAGCAUGAUUCUUGGAAGCGGUUCUUAUGGAACUAUAUAUAGAGCUCGACUUCCUAAUGGUCAAGUUGCUGCAGUUAGAAGGGCAGGACCAUUGCAAGAAGGAAAAGAAGACAGCUUCCGCAAGGAAGUUCAGCUCCUUGGGUGCUUGCACCACCGGCACCUAGUCAGACUUUUAGGGUUUUCUGAAGGAGAUAAUAGAUUUCUUGUCUUCGACCACAUGGAAAAUGGAAGCUUGAAGGAGUAUCUUCAUGACCCACUCCGGACCCCAUUAAAUUGGAGAACCAGAUUACAGAUUGCUAUCGAUGUUGCAUCUGCUCUGGAGUAUCUUUACUACUUUUGCGACCCCCCUGUGUAUGAGGUGUCUCUAAAUUCAAAUACGGUCUUACUGGAUGAGAACUUUGUUGCCAAGCUAUCAGAAGUUGGUUUUCUCAAAUGUGAAUGUAAUGAGUCAAGUGAAUCUGAGUCAUCAUGUUCAAGAGAUCACAUCGAUGAACGAAGCAAGAAUUUGAUUUUCCAGUUCGGUCUGCUGGUGCUCGAGCUUGUGACCGGCCAGUCAUUGGGUGGUGAAGAUGGAGAAGUAGUCCAAUGGGUACAGGAUUCCCGGUUCACAUAUUCAAUGCAUAAGAUGGUAGAUAUGGAUCUGGGAAACAACUAUAAUUCUGAUGAACUGAAAAGCCUUCUGAUUGUAGCAAGGUUGUGCACCAGAACUGGAGAUAGACCAUUAGUGACUAUUUCUCAAAUUCAUCGAUAUUUGUUAGGGAAGGCUGAACAUUCAGUCAGGUAUUAAGUCUUGUUUUCUAGAUCAUUGUAAGUGUUUGGCUUGGGAAUCAGGCAGAGUAAAUGUGAAAUAAAUAGUGAACAAGAAGUUGAGAGAAAGCUUGAAUCUUUCCAAUUUGCUUAGUUAGGUUGCUGUGCAGAGUUGAUACAUGUACAAUAAAGAGCAAUUUAGAAUUCCCUGAUGAGAAUUCACUGUGUAUUUGAUUAUUGCUGUAUUAGUAACUGCAGUUCUUUCAUGUAUCUUUUGCACUCCUCGAAAUAGUAAACAGUCCGUUGUUGAUUGUCAGUUACA